AUGGCCACAAUUGUCCCAGCGGUCUUCUCAUUCGUCCGCGAACUCUAUCAAGGCUCAUUCGACAUCGAGGCUUUCGAGAAAGAAGUUGGCAGAGAUUUCGACUCGUCCGAAAUUGCUCAGAUUACUGCCAAAUUUGAGCAAGAGGCCAAGGGUUUGAGAAAUGUGAGCAUUUUUUUGGAGAAAUCGUCCAAUUUUUCGUAUCCAAUUCACAAUGGAAGAAAAUGAAAUCAAUAAUUUGAAUUUUCAUGAAAUAUUGUGAAGUAUACUAAUUAGAGCAUGCUAGAAACGAUCCUGAAGUCAAAAAUUGCUAUAGUGAGCAUUUUGAGCUCUGAAAAUUCUCACAGGAUCGUUUUUAGCAUGCUCGAAUUAGUAUACUUCACAAUAUUCCAUGAAAAUUCAAGUUAUUGACCUUAUUUUCUUCUCUUGUGAAUUGGAUACGAGGAAUUUGACGAUUUCUACUGAAAAUCUGGACCUGGUCCGAAAAAAAGCCCAAUUUUUCUGUUUCAGAAAGACGAAAUUCGCCGAAUCAUCACCUUUAUCGAUUUGACAACUUUGAACGGAGAUGAUACUGGAAGUAAAGCUGUGGCUGUUGCCAAAAGAGCCAUUCAACCAAUUCCAACUGUAAGUUUACUAGUUUUGGCUGAAAUUUUGAGAUUUUUUAUGAAAACUAGCAUAAAAAUCAUGUUUUUCCGUCAAAAAUCCGUGAAUUUUGACCCAAAAAUACCCUAGAAUCUUCCAGGAUGCCUCAAUCCAUUGUGGAUCAGUUUGUGUUUAUCCACAACGAAUUUCGGAUAUUGUCAAGUAUCUCAAGGAGACCAAUCAGAAAACACAUAUUACUGGAGUAGCUGGUGGAUUCCCAUCUGGACAAUAUCAUUUGAAAUCCAAGGUAUUGUUGGGAAAUUUGGGGAAAAAUGGAAAAAUCGCGGAAAAUUACAUGGGGGACUAGGUUUUCUACAUUUGGAAAUCUAGUCCCCCUUCAAAACUUGGAUGAAAAGAAGGGAAAAUCUCAUCGGUACCACGCGCUCCACCGAAAUAAACACGCAGCGCAGACCGCGUCGCGCCACAACACACACAAAUAAGGGAACGAUUCAAAUUCCCUCCUUUUUUUUGUGUGUGUUGUGGCGCGGCGCGGUCUGCGCUGCGUGUUUAUUUCGGUGGAGCGCGGUGGUACCGAUGAGAUUUUCGAUAAGAGGUUUUGAACUUUUGGAAACCUAGUGCAUCUUACAAAUACGGGGACUAGGUUUUAUAUAGUGCAAAAUCUAGUCCCCCUUCUCUCCCCCAUCCACAAUCACCUAAUCUCCCUUCAGAUUCUCGAAGUCGAGCUCUCUGUCGCCGACGGCGCCACCGAAAUCGACAUUGUCAUCUCACGCGCUGCCGCCUUGGAACAAGACUGGAAAACAGUUCACGACGAGGUUCACGCGCUCAAAAAAGCAUGUGGAAACGCCCAUUUGAAGACGAUCCUGGCUACUGGGGAAUUGAAAACUCUUUCAAAUGUUUAUAAAGCGAGUUGGGCAUCGAUUUUGGGUAAGUUAAAGUUUGCACCGGGGAAAUAGCUAUCCCAGAAAAUCAAUCAAUUUUCAUUCAGCCGGUUCCGAUUUCAUCAAAACCUCGACUGGAAAAGAGGCAGUUAACGCAACUCUCGAAGUGUCGUAUGUGAUGUGUACGGCUGUCAAAAGAUGGUUCGAGUUGACCGGAAAACGUGUCGGAUUCAAACCGGCCGGCGGAAUUAAGACUGUUGAUGAGGCGUUGGCUUAUGUGGUUUUGGUGAAGAAUGUGAGUGUUUGCAAUUGCGGCAGGGAUUAGGGGGCGGGGCUUGAGAUUUUCGUUGUGGAAUGGUUUAUGGUACAGUUGUGCAAAGAUAUUAUCAAAAAUGUCAUCGGUACCACGCGCUCCACCGAAAUAAACACGCAACGCAGACCGCGCCGCGCUACAACACACACAAAAAAGGGGACGAUUCAAAUUCCCUCCAUUUGUUGUGUGUUGUGACGCGGCGCGGUCUGCGUUGCGUGUUUAUUUCGGUGGAGCGCGGGGUACCGAUGAAAUUUUCGAGGCUCCCUUGAAACCAUGCCGCAAGCAAGUCCUUCCAAAAUGCUCCGCCCCUAAAACCAUGCCGCAACUUCCACCUAGACUCUAAUCCAAGUCCCUUCCUAAGCCCCGCCCCCAAAACCACGUCGCAACUUGCUCUAUUUCCAGGUUCUCGGCGAAGAAUGGCUCAACCCGGAAUUGUUCAGAAUCGGAGCCAGCUCUCUUCUCGAUGAUGCUCUCAAUGCUCUCUAA